AGCCGGUGGCACAGAGAGCUGGACCGGCGGCACGGACAGCUGAGCCGGUGUCACGGACAGCGGCCGGAGGCUCAGCCGGUGUCACGGACAGCGGCCGGAGGCUCAGCCGGUGUCACGGACAGCGGCCGGGCCGCUGCAGCGCUGACGGCCCGGGGCCGGCAGGGGGCGCUGCUGCUGGAGGACACGGCCGCGGCAGUCACGUGGCCGCGCGGGCCGCUCCGCCCGCGUGCCCGCGGCUCCAUGGUGCGGUCGCCAUGGGAACGCGGCGCAGCGGGGAGCGGUGCGAUGGCGGCGGCGGGCGGCGCCGACGGGGGCGGCAUGGGCCCGGGCCCGUCGCCGGGAUCCCCUCCGGGCGAGGAGGCGGCCAUCGCCGCCUCCCCCCCGGCCGCUCCCCGCGGCGCCUCCGUGCCUCACUCGCGCUCGGGCCCGGCCCGGCCCAGCCCCGGCCCCGCUGCUCCCCGCGGCACAGUGCCCAGCCGGUGCCCGGCGCUCCCCAGGCCCCGGGAGCCGGUCCCGCUGGCCCAAAAUAAACGGUGUUCCCUGAACUGCCCAAAGAUCCCCUGUGUGACACACCCGGGCACGGCUCCGUGCCCAGACCAGCCUGCCCGUCCCCCCGGGGCUGCAGCGCACCGGGGCGGGCUCGGUCAGACUCCCGCUGUGCUCUGUGUGUGAGGGCCACCGGGCUGUGUCCCCACCGUGUCCCCUGCCCGGUGCCUCGCUGAGCUGCUGUCAUCUCGUCUCUAUUCCAGUGUCCCCUCCAUCAACCUGAGCGGCUGCAAGUACGAGAGUGGUAAGUCAGGGGUCCUGCCCAGCCAGGAGCGGUGCUGGCACCCAGUUCCCGCUGGUUUAUUCACUGCUGCCAGCGCCCCCGUGUCAGUGGGGAGUUUGUCACACUUUGGACUGAGAUUUCUCCCGAUUUAAAAUGUGCAACAGCAGAGCGAGCCCUCAACACCCCCACACUUGUGUUUGCCAGCUGUGUGCUGAAAUGGGCAAGAAGGGUUCCAUCAGGUGCAAGGAGCACCUGGCUUGCAGACAGGACCUGAGGGCUGUGUAAGGUGAAGCUGGUGUGAGCAGCAGGAUCUGUACCUGCAGCCUCUCCCUGUGCUGUUCAUCCCCGGUCACUCCAGGCAGCUGGCCCACUCUCCUUCCACAAGCUGGAUCUUGAAAGAACUCCUGGCCCUGAGGGGUGUUAUUAAUCUACUUUGCUGAGGGAUCUUGGCAUGGAUCCCCAUCAGCCCUGCCAAAUUCACGCUUGGCACUAGCAUGAACCAUCCCAGCAGAGACCUUUUUCUGCAGAGCUGUGUUCUGCUGCUGAAAGGCCUUUGCUUUGGGAGAUUAAAUGCACACCUUCACAACACUUGUAUCUGCCUGUGAGGUGUAAGACCCAUGGGAAGUUCAGUCCCGCUGCUGAGGGGCCCUGGCACCUCAAGACAGGUGGGAUUAGAGGGUUAAGAGCUCCCAGAACACCUGCAGCCAGAGGCCUGGGGGGUUGGCCAGAUAAAUCUGGCGUUCCUGCCACCUUCCCAGGGGCCAUGCCAGACCUUACACCUCUGAGGGGAAGUGCAGCCCGGAGAGCUGCAUCCCCCACCCCGUG